CUUCAAGCAUAUAUUUAAUAAUUUUCUAAGAAAUCAUGGACGUAUCAUUUCCAUACCAGAAGAAACGAAGUGAAUUUGGAAGGCAAUGUCUAUUUUCAGACAGAGGACCUGAAUUAAUAGACAACUUUCCUUCAUUUAGGAAAUUAUACAAAGAAUUUAUGUUAAAAGAUCCUGUGACGCGCUACCAACAAUGCGCACCGGUACAAGCGGAACAUUAUUUGAAUACUAUGAGAGCGGAAUUUGCAAAUGUUAGUAUCAAUCAUGUUGAAGGAGGAUGGCCCAAAGACGUUAAUAUCGCAGAUGAAGAACAAACUAAGAGACAACCAAACCAAGUUGGCUAUAGCUUACUGCAAUCUGAUAUUCAAAACCACGUACCUAAACAAGCAAAGGUUUCGUACAUAUGGGAAGUAGAAAAUCCUAACAGACCCUUACAUAUUUUAAAACCGGAUGAUUAUACGGUAUGUCUGGAAUAUAACCAGAAGGAUCCGCAUAUUUUGGCUAGCGGUCAAUUUGGCGGUCAAGUUGCUGUAUGGGACGUGCGUAAAGGUAUGGAACCAGUUGAAGUGAGCGUCAAAGAGAACAGUUUUAUCGAUCCUGUACAGAAGCUGCUUUGGAUACAUUCCAAGACAGGAACAGAAUUUUUUAGUGCAUCCAGCGAUGGUGAAAUAAAAUGGUGGGACACCAGAAAACUAUCCGAGCCCACAGACACCCUUAUAUUAGACUACGCCAAAGAAGAAGAACAACAGUUUUCAAAAGCUUUGGGCGUUUCUGUUCUAGAAUAUGAAGUGACCAUCCCAACAAGGUUUAUGGUUGGCACGGAACAGGUACCAUUAUAUUUGGAAAUCGAAAGGGAAAAACAGCAAUAGAGAAAAUGGUGGGUAGAAUUCCAAAUGCUCAUAUGGGACCAAUCGUAGCCCUCCAGCGAAACCCAGCCUUCCCGAAGAAUUUCUUGACCAUUGGCGACUGGACUGCUAAAAUCUGGACAGAAGAUUGUAGAGAGAGCAGUAUCAUAUGGACUGGUUUCCAUAAAUGUGCUUUAACAGAUGGUGCCUGGAGUCCUACUAGAUUAUCGUGUUACUUUACAACGAGAUCCGAUGGUAUAUUCGAUGUGUGGGAUGUUCUACAGCACCAAAAGCAAGCUAGCCUUAGCGUGCGAGUAUGCGAAGAAAGGCUAAAUUGUUUAAAAACACAUGAUCAAGGUAGACUUGUUGCUAUGGGAAAUCAAAACGGUACUGCUUACUUGGUAGAACUCAGUGAGAAUCUUUCCACUCUUGUUAAAAACGACAAGAUGCUGCUGACCUCAAUGCUGGAACGGGAAACGAAACGAGAGAAGAUCCUUGAAGCUCGCAAUAGAGAAAUUCGGCUAAAACUAAAACAGCAACAAUCUGAUGCUAAACAAGAUGAACAAGAAGAACAAGAUGAUCGGGAAGGCAAGGAGGGUGACGAAGAGGAAGAAGCGGAGGAGGCGGGAUUUUUGAAUAAGACUGUUCGCAACAUACAAACCAAUUUUUACAAUUUGAUUGAAACAGAACUGGAAAAACUCAAACCUGUGGAAGACACUAAAUUUGACGAAGCAUCAGAUCGGUUGUCAGAUGUCGAAGGAUCGAAAGGAAGGGAUACUAUAGAAGAUAAUAAAUCAAUCCAAUAGGAAAAUGCAGAAUAAAUAAAAUUGACAAAAUCUAGUCAAAAAAUAAUUUCAAAGUUCUUAAUUUUUUUCUUUAAAAAAGCCAGAAGCCAGAUUAUAUUUUUAGUUUUUUUGUUGCUAAUUAUAUUUUUUUAGUCAAUAUAUACUGCUUUAAUUGAAGACGAGG